GCGGGAGGCGAGCGGCGGGACGGGACGGGUGUCCCCGCAGGAGCUGCCCUGGCCGCCGUGCUGCUGACACGGACGGCGGCCGGGUUCCGUGGUUGAACCCGCGUGAGACCCGAGACAGCAAGUGGGCACCUGGACCCGGACCCGCUGGGGUUCGUGCGGAACGCCGGGGCAGCUCUCCUGGCGCUCCCGGGGCGGCUGCUGCGGGACGGCCAGCCAGAAGAACUCAGGAUGAGUAAAAACAUUGACAUUCAAAAUCCAUUCUGUGUUCUCUGUGGACGGACAGAUGACUGCCCUGAAAAGUAUGGAGCAAAAAGGACUUAUGUGGAAUACAAUCUCACUGUUCAUUAUUACUGUUUGUUGAUGUCAAGUGGCAUUUGGCAGAGGGGGGAAGAAGAUGAAGGUGUAGAUGGAUUCUUAAUCAUGGAUAUUAGAAAAGAAGUAAACAGAGCUGCAAAACUGAAAUGUAAUAUCUGUAAGAAGAAGGGUGCUUCAAUUGGAUGUGUAGCUCCCAAAUGCAAACGAAGUUACCAUUUUCCUUGUGGGAUACAAAAGGAAUGUAUUUUCCAGUUCAUGGAAGACUUCAGAUCUUACUGUUGGGAACAUAAACCAGUCCAAAAGUUUCCGGAUAAAGAAUCUAGAGGAACUUCACAGUGUACAAUAUGCCUGGAUUUGGUUGAACAGCUUCCAAUGUACACUGUAUUGAAGAGUCCUUGCUGUAAAAACGCUUGGUUUCAUCGAGAAUGCUUGCAGUAUCAAGCUUUGAGUGCUGGGAUAUUUUUCUUUAGGUGCACAGUAUGUAAUAACAAGGACAACUUUCAGAAAGAAAUGCUAAGAAUGGGCAUACACAUUCCAGAAAAGGAUGCAUCCUGGGAACUUGAAGAGAAUGCGUAUCAAGACCUAUUGCAAUGUUAUCAACACUGUGACAUUAAAAGAUGUCUCUGCAAGGAAGGAAGAGACUAUAAUGAACCUGAUAGUAAAUGGGAAAUAAAGCGUUGUCAGUGUUGUGGCUCCCGUGGAACUCAUUUGGCCUGUUCAUCUAUGAAAUCAUGGGAGCAAAACUGGGAGUGCGUGGAAUGCAGAAGUAUCUUUGCAAAAUCAGAGAACUACAGGAAACGGAAGACGCAUUCUUUGGCUACCUCUGAAAAGGCAGAUGGGACAACAUGUUUGCUGGAAGAGCCAUCUCCAAAGUGCCCUCGGCAGUCACCUGGAUCUCCACGCACUUUUCUUCUCCAGCAUUUAAGAAAGCAAAGAAUUGAAGUUUCUAAUAUACUGAAGGAGUUAAAGCUACAAGUUAAUACAAAAAGUACAAGGCUUAACAUCAAUGCAGAAAAUAUCUGGAAUAGUGCUUUAAAAGGAUUUAGACAGCGCCACUUCAGUCCUACAAACACCAUUGAAAUAAAGUUCACCAACUGCAAAAAUAGAUCGAAGACAGAUACUUCUGCUGCAUCAAAACACCAUUUCUUCCAAUUAUUAAUGCUUCAGCUUCAGAAUUCAUCAUUGUUUGAGGGCUCUUCUGCAAAGAACUUGUCCCUUGAUUUUCAAGCCAUAAGAGAGAAUCUUUAUUUUGAAGCUGGUAAAAUGAUUGCAGUUUCUCUAGUUCACGGUGGCCCAUCUCCUGGUUUCUUUUCCAAAACACUGUUCAAUUGUCUUGUCUAUGGUCCAGAGAAUGUGAAGCCAGCUUUGGAAGAUGUUGCUGAUGUUGAUGUAGCACAAACAAUAAAAAUGAUAAAACAUGCAAAUAAUCUGUCGAGCCUACAGUCUACAAUACACGAUUGUUACGAGCUCCUUGCUGCUGCUGGAUGUUUAAGACCUAUAACGGCUUUGUGUGAUAAGAAUAUGCUGGUGAAUGAUAUAUUGAUCCAUCAUGUAAUCAAGAGAAUUAUUUCACCCUUAGAAAGUUUUAGGCAAGGUUUGAAAACUCUUGGUGUGCUAGAGAAAAUGCAAAUGCAUCCGGAUGCAUUCUCUAGUAUAUUGUGCCACAAACCUGAAAGACUUUCAGCAGAAACUCUCUGUGAUCUCUUUACAAUCCAUUCUUCAUCAGAAGUAAAUAAAGUUGAAAGUGUUGAUUUUUGGAUGGGUUAUUUGCAAGAUGUGGAACGUGGUGAGUCUGCAGUGACAUUGGAGGAUAUUCUGCUCUUCGUAACAGGCUCUUUUUCUAUACCGCCCAUUGGUUUUGAUCCUGAACCUACUAUUAAAUUUUUGCAUAUAGUGUAUCCCGUUGGAAACAGACUCCUUAAUUGCUUAGAGCUCCCUAUAACACAGACAUACGAGCAGUUUAAAGAUAAAAUGGAGUUCACCAUCAGAAACACACUAAGAGUUGAAAGAGAAUAUUUUUGCUACUAAACUGGAUGUUGGAAACUUCAAUUUUCUCCAGGAACAUCUGCUUGCAAAUUGCUACUGUAUUUUUGGACAGCAAGCUCUCGGCCUUUUCCUACUUCCCCCCAAAGAUAUGCUAAAAGUAGUAAUCCUGUAAGAUGGAAAACAAUUUUCAAAUGAAAAUAUGCUUCAUCUGUUGAAUCAUCUUCCUGUUUGAACUUGGCUUUAAGAAUCAGCAAUCUCUCGCAGAAGUACUUUAAAUGUCUGCUUUUGCUGUAGACAGGUAUGAAAGGUUACCAAACUCUGUAACAUUCUAGCUAUUUCCCACAGGUAAGUAUGUUGACUGUAUUACAUACUUCAGUAGCUUAUUUAUCAAAGUCAAAUCAGGUACAUUUUGAAGAUAACUGCUGUACAGCUUUGUCUCAAGUAAAACUCUGAUGCAGUUCCUCAGUUGUUCCAUGUAUAUUUUUUCAGUGAUUGUUUUUUAUAUUGAUGAUUCAUACAAACCUAUGAAAACUAAGAAAUUUGGAGUUUUAAGGUCAUUGUGGUUAGUGCAUUAAAAUAUAAUGUCUGGAGAAAACCUAGGCAGAAUAAUAAGGCACAAGAACAAAAUCUGGUUGAACUUGAGUUUCUUGUUGUUAAACAAAUUGCACACGUUUCUGCAUUCUACUGUUAUACGUUAGUUUUUAGUUCUACAUAUAGACAAAAUAGUAAAAACUAGAAGUAAAUCUUGAAUAUGCAACAAUAAGUGGUAUUUCAAGAUGAAAUACAAGAGUUAGACUUAAAUGUUGAGUAUGAAAGUGUAAGAAUUUGUUGCUCAUUAGAAGAUGUUGCUUUGUCUUCCAUGGAAGUCAGUAUUCUCACAGGGAUAUGCACUAAGACUAUUUGUUAAACUAAAGGCAGUCUACUGUCAGGCUUGUCGGUGCCUGACACUUCUCUAGCUUUUAGUGUAAACUCUUCCUGUUCAAUUGUAGGUGCAUUCUGAGCAACUUCAGCUGUAUAAAAUAUAUUUCAAUUCUGAAGUAUUUGUGUAAACACCAUUAAGCCAUAUAAGAUAAGUAGUGAAAUUCCUACACAGUAACACUUUAAUGUCACAUACUAAAACUAUGAAACUAAAAGGACACUUUGGUACAGUUUUUUAAAAUGUAUGCAGGUCUCUCUUGAAAUCACUAUUUUCCCCUCCCGUCAGUUUGACUACCUAUACUAUGUCCCAAACAUAGGUUGUGCUAUACAUUCUUCAAAGUACUGAAAAGUAAUCACACACUGUUUUUUAUUAAUAUAGCUUGGGUUUAAUUGAAAAGAGAAGCAGAUUGCUUUACUUUUGAAUGCCUUGGCAAGAAAAUACGUCCACAGUCAAUUAUAAAUGGAUAGGUGCUUCAAAAAGAAUAAUCCAAACUAAUCUGGCUGCAGAUUCUGGUUUAUGGUUCAUUGCAAGGAUUCCUCUAAUUAACAAAUUGUAUUACUAAAUGCUAAUUACAUAGCAGUGUACUGCAAUGCAAGAACUGUGGAAGUGGCAGUCAAGACUCACUAAAUUUGAGGCCAUGCAAUAAAGAGAUAAAGACAAAGACGCAGAUGGGUGUCUAAAUUACACAGUUCAUUUAAGAAUAUGCAGAUAUUUUGAAAUCCUUCUUAAACUGCUACAGCUUCUCUUUCUUUCUUGAUCUUGGGAGAGGUGCUAAUCUUUUUUUAUAGAAACUUAUUGCCAUCACUGGGUAGCAAAAGCGUACAUGCAGCUUUUAUGUUAAUUUUUUUUAUUUAUUUCAAAGUCUCUAACUGAAUUAUUGCAAGACUUAGAUUAGGCAUUUCUCACUACUUUCAAAUGGGUAAAACAAUGUUAUCUCAUCAAAGUCCUAUCGUUAGAAAUUUAAGAAUAUUUGAAAUUGAGACGGGGCUAGUGGUGUUUUUCUGGUUCUGAGCCAAGAGCAUAUUAAAGUCCCUUUUAAAAUAAAUGUAUGAGCUCUUGGAGAAUGCCAUCUCACUUGUUUAUAUACUAAGUAUUUUCUCAUACUCUUCUGAUUUUUUUUUUCUCCGAUAAUAUUCCAAGUUUGUCAUUGCAUAAUUUUUGAAUGUCAUACUGCCAAUAACUUCUUUAUAUUCUUCCCCUUCAGAAUGGUCUGUUACCAUUAUAAAGUAAGUGGUUUGUUGCAAAUAUAUUUGCAAAUAAGGAUUCAUGUUGUAUGAUUGUAUUUUUACAAUACAGCAAUGAGUUCCCUGCAGAUGGAGUAUUAUACUUUAAAAAUGAGUGGUGUAAAGUAGCAAGCAGAGUCUGGAUAACUUUAAAGGACAAUUCUUGAACUUUUGGGACCUGCAGUGGCAAGGGAAAUGGUUUAGACUUGGAACUAAAUAAACUGUGUUUUAAAACCUUCAACGGAGAAAGAAAUAAUAAGGUAAUGUGAAUGUAAGUCUUCAAAAAGUAUCUGAGAGAAAAAUAGGGUUCACACCUUUUAUUGCUUAUUACUUUUGAAUUCUGUAGUUUCUAGGUGUUAUAUAAAGGUAGAACUAACCUAUUUAUCUGUUCUAAGAGAAAUCUUAAGUUAACUUUUAAAACUAUCUGCUAUACAAUGCUAUAUCAAAACAUCGAAUUCAUAAAAUCCUCUAGUCUCUAAUAUUGUUUGAAAAGAUUUUUCUUAUUCAGAACUUGUUCCUUGUUCCCAUUUUCUAAUACUGAUGAGUACACAUUUGGGACAAGUUGUCUUUCCUGUUGAUCAGCGCUGUCUAGACAUUCCAACGUAAUCCUUGAUAUGUUCAAAUUGUGUUCCUAAAUGCUACUGUGGAGAAGAACCUCCUCUCUUCUCGCUUUCAGCAUUUAUUUAUAUAGACCAAUCUUAAAUUUACUCUUAACUGUUCAUUCAAAAUCCAUUGAAUAAGCUGACUUCCAAUCCACCAAAACACAGAAAGGUCUCUUGUUUGGAAACCAUAAGACGAAUUUCUGUAGCAAUAAUGAUGAUGAGGUUUUUAAUAUUGCUAUAGUUGGUCACUGAAGUGCAAUAUUAUUGGGUAGUUUUCAUUUUACAUAAACUUUAACCUGAGGCACAUGUGGAAAUUAGGGAAGUUGCUUACUUUCAAUAUUUCUGUAAUACACGGAGAAUAAUAGCAUAUACAUUAGCUGUUGUGUAUUAAAUAUACUUUUAUAGAAGUUACAUCUUCUACAAGAUUUGUUAGGGCCACAAGAGAACUUUUGCAGUCCUCUUGGACUGUGUUUGGCCAAACAACUUUACCUCGCAGUUUCUGUAUCAAACCCUAAGCUUCCAUCUGGAAUUAGGACAUCAAAUAAGCUAUUUAUUUUCUAGAGUGAACAUUUUCUAGUUAAACAAAUAUAGAAUAUAGAUUAGUGGGUUUAGUAUGGUCUCCUUAAUUAAAGCACAUGCAAUUUAAAAAAAAUUCAAGUGUAUUAGAUCUAUGUUUGAAAAAACGAAGAGAGAAGAAAUUUCUGUGACUUGCUUUCACCCAUGUAAAGGAUGCUUACUAGACAAAGCUGUUAGUAUUUUUAACUGGUUUAUAAGUGAAAUAUAGUCAAAAGGAGAAGAAAUUAAUAUCAGUUUAUAGUUAAGGUCUAAAUCAUUGUGUGUUGCAGGUCUGGGUUUUUUCAUUAAGAUGUUCAGUCUUGGGAUUGGAAGAUUUUGAGGAUUUUCAGAGGUAUAUUUAAAAUGUAGAGCAGGGCAUUGGUCAUUAAUUCACACUCACAUUCUUCAUGUGCAUUUUGAAAAUAGUAUAAAAACUUCUCAUUCAAAUAGAAGAAACUGUAACUCUGGAGGCUACAAAAUACAUUUUUCAAGUUUAUCUUGAUUCUGUAUUAUAUGGUAAAGCGUUUUAAAGCUCAGGCUUUAUCGUGUUUUACUUAAGGAAGAGAAUCACUAGCUGGAUAAAAGAAAAACUAAAAUGCAAAAACUUCUGAGAUUUCAAGUCUUCUGUAUUGGAAAAUCAUUGUCAAAAUAUUAAUGUCUGUUAAAAAGAAAAUGCAACCCUCUGAUUUUGUAUUCCAUAAAUGUUCUGUUUAAACUUCUGGUAAUUAGAAUAUUAUGCAAGAAAGUAUAAUUUUGUAAAUAUUUCUAGCUCUAAUUAGAACUGCAGAUCAGUGCCUGAAAUGUUGCAUCUCUGAGGAACAUUAUACUUCACAGGUGUAGCAUCAGUGUUGAAAUAAUCCAUAACUGCGGGAAAUAAGUCUAUGUUUAUGUUCAAAGUGCAAUAAAGGGUUAAAUUUCUGUUGGAAUAAAUAUGUAGCUUUC